AUGAACCGUGGAGUAGCAGUCAAGAUCAAAUACUUCGAUGACAACGGAGGCUGGUCAGAGCGCAAGGGCGCGGCUGCCAGCAGCGCCGUGUUUUCGCUGAAGAACAUCACCGUGGCAAAUGUGGACAUGAAUCACGUAGACAUCUCGGAUGUUGAUCGUCUGCAGGAUUUGGUCGCCACGAGUGCGCCGACGGCGGUGGUGAUGCAGAACGUGUCACCAGCAACACUGAGCCGCAUCAAAAGUUACAGUCAGAUCCGCAAGGUCUACGCGGUGAUGGAGACGAGCCGGUGUGAGCAGCAGGAGGAGAGUACCGUAGCGCUUCUCCGCCUCGGGCUGCAGUGCGAGCCGACGGAGGUACCCAAGACGGACGGAAAGCAGGCAUUCCGCGCACUGGUGCAGGUGAACAUCCGUAUCCCCAACGGGCCAUCACUCUCCAUCACAGUUCUGCACAUGGAGCCCGGCGCGUCCCGCCGCCUCACGUUUGCCAUGGCGCUCUUGCGUGCGCACCCAAACGUGGAUAUCGCUGUUCUGCUCAGUAACGUGACGGAGGGCAUGGUCCUCACAGAGGAUCCCUACCGCGAGCUGCAGGUGAACCGUGCAGCCGCUGGCUUUGUGGAUGUGAUGGAGGAGGGGAUGGAGCGCACCACAAACUGGUCGACGCCGUGGACGGUGUGGCUGAAGUGUCCUAAGUACAGUGUGGUGGCGUCUGCAGCGGAACUGUUCGUCGGUCAGGAGCCGCGGUACCUCUCCACCACACUCGUCUUGCGUGGACAGCCAAACUCAACAAUAGCGAUUCCCAUGCCACGCAGCGCCAAGUCUGGCCGUGGAAAGAGUCCUAGCGGACCCCCUGCACCCGGUACCCCUUCUCAGCCUCUCGCCGACCCCGCUAUCCUGAGUGCCGAAACGGUGAAGACACUGAUGCCGACACCGCAGACUAGCUCGUCCGCCACCGAGAUCAUCCAGCGCCUCAUGCGGCAGCAGCAGGCCAGCCAGCCGCGGUGGAAGGUGGCGCACUCCUUCGUGCUUAAGGGCAGCGACACGAAGCUUUCCACGGCAGAAGCGAUGUACGACGCAUCUAGCCACUUUGCGAACGCCAAUGACGCAGUGGACGCUCUGAACUCGAAGGCACUGAAUUGGCCUGCUGAGUUCUGCGUUGUGCAAAACACGGUGCUAUGCGCCGACACGGUGUCUCACUGUGACCGCCAGGCCUUCCGCCGCUACGUCCGCGACAACAAGACGAACGUCAGCCUCAGCUCACAGCUCUUUGCGGCCACUACCGCCUUCGCAGCGGCCGUGGCAGCUGCCCCGGUUAUCACCUCGGUGACUGCAGCUUCUGUGGGGCUGCCCGGCGGCGCCAUCCCAGGCGACAAACAGUGGCCCAAGGCAACGAACGUGCGCAGCGAGAUGGAGGAGUUCUUGAACUUCCAGCGGCAGCUGAAGGAGUCGGUGCGGCGGGAGUGGAGUGAGUCAUGCUGCGUGAGCGUGUAUCAGAUAACGCCGCGAGAGAUGAAGUUCAACAUCACCCCCGCCAUCGGCUUGGCAAAGGACAAUCUAAAGAAGGCGAUUCACUACCUCAAUCACGCCAAGGCAGCCUCGAAAGAGACAAACCCCUUGCAUGACUACCCGUAUGACUAUGCCCUCUUGUUCUCCGUAGAGCGACAAGGUUACUGGCUGAUUGCUGCGACGAAUGUCCCGUGUGACAUCGUGGCCUGCCGCAUGGUUGUGUAG